GGGCUCUGGACUCUGCGGCUGGCCGCCACCGCGGGAGCCCGAGAUGGACUGGCAGGCACCGAGGGCGCAUGGAAGGACCUUGUUCCUAUUGGCAGAAAAGGCCAGCUGCUGAGCCAGGCUGCAUCUCCAGGAGCCCGUGGCUGCCUGGACUCGCCUCGCCUGCCCUGCAUGGGCCGCCGCAGGCUGUCAGUUACCACUAGUGACAUCACAAGGCUCCCUGCCCUCCACCCUGGGGGGGUCAGUCCAAUUGUUGAAGUCCCGGGCUCCCUGCACCAACCCCAGGCUGAGGAACAGCUGCUCACUGUUCCCAGUGUCCUGGGAGGGAGGUGAACUCCCAGUUCCUCACCAAGUUGCCUAGCUCCUAAAGUAGAAAAUGAUGCUCUUGUCCCCUGGGAUUGCCUGGGGCCCAAGGGCUGUGAGUGCAGCUGGGCAGCCGGGGCACAGAGGAGGCAUAGGGUGAAAUGGUGACAGGGACUGCAGUCACCAGUAAAUGUACAGGUCACCAGGUAGAGUCCUGCCAGCGCACCUCUCUCCCAGGCAGGGUGGUGCAGUGGUGAAACUGUGGACCCCCUCGCCCCCACUUACUGGUGACGGGGCUGUGUGAGGUACUGAACCUCUCUGUGCCUCUGUCUCUUCAUCUGUAAGACGGAGACCAGUCAGUUCCCGUGGGCGACUCCUGCUGCGAUCUCGGGGGAUCAUGCCCAAGCCCCUCAACUGCUUGCUGUGGCUGCUUCGGGGCGCCCAGACACGGGUCUGCACCCUGUUCAUCAUUGGCUUCAAGUUCACGUUUUUCAUCUCCAUCCUGAUCUAUUGGCACAUCGUGGGAGAGCCCAAGGAUCAAAUGCGACUCUAUAACUUACCUGUGGACAUCCCCUGCCCCCGUGUGGACCCUCCUCCCUCGCCCUCCAGCACCCCGACUCCGGGCCACAUCUUCUUCCUGGAGACAUCUGACCGGACCAACCCAACUUUCUGUUCAUGUGCUCGGUGGGAGUCGGCGGCCAGGGCCCACCCUGAGUCCCGGGUGGUGGUGCUGAUGAAGGGGCUGCCUGGUGGCAGUGCCGCCCUGCCCCGUCACCUGGGCGAUCUCACUCUGGGCUUUCCCAAUGUCCAGAUGCUGCCCCUGGACCUGGAGGAGCUGUUCCGCGACACGCCCCUGGCGACCUGGUAUGCAGCCUUGCAGCCGCGCUGGGAGCCCUACCUGCUGCCAGUGCUGUCUGACGCCUCUAGGAUCGCGCUGCUCUGGAAAUUUGGUGGCAUCUACCUGGACACAGACUUCAUCGUCCUCAAGAGCCUGAGAAACCUGAGCAACACGCUGGGCACCCAGUUCCGCCUACGUCCUCAACGGUGCCUUCUGGCCUUCGAGCGCCAGCACGAGUUCAUGGCACUGUGUAUGCGCGACUUUGUAGCCAACUACAAUGGCUGGAUUUGGGGCCACCAGGGCCCCCAGCUGCUCACGCGGGUCUUCAAGAAGUGGUGUUCAAUCCGCAGCCUGGCUGAGAGCCACACCUGCCGCGGAGUCACCGUCCUGCCCCGUGAGGCUUUCUACCCCAUCCCCUGGCAGAACUGGAAGAAGUACUUCGAAGACAUCAGCCCAGAGGAGCUGGCCCGGCUGCUCAAUGCCACCUAUGCCGUCCACGUGUGGAACAAGAAAAGCCAGGGCACACACUUUGAGGCCACAUCCAGGGCGCUGCUGGCCCAGCUCCACGCUCGCUACUGCCCCACGACCCACGAGACCAUGAAGAUGUACUUGUGAGGGGCCAGGCUGCCCCCACCACAUCGGUGCUCCACGCCCUUCCUCGGGAGGCCAGGUGGGAGGGAGGAGAGGGGUCAGAGUGACCCCUGGGC